CAGACCCUCAAACUUCCCCGGACAGCGGCAGACGACACCAAACGGCCUCAUACACCAAGAAUAACCACGUCCGACCUCUCGCUCACGAUAAAGCCCGUCUAUAUGUGUCUACACACCUAAGAGCUUACCUUUCUCGAGCAGUACCCCGCGGCCCGUGAGCUGUCUCAGGGGCCAAAUGUAUCAUCGGUUGACCCGUGGUGGGAUACCAACGCGGUUUAAUCCAACGGCGCACCACGCCCAGAGAUAAUUUGGGCGCCCCGUUCCCCGGAGAGCAUGCGGUUCUAGGUGUGGUCCUAUCGGCGCGAUAUCGCGCAAUGGGCACCGCUGUGGGGUAUAUAAAAGCUCGCUCAGAGGGUCCUUCACCAGGCCCUUUCGUACCAGCCUCUCGUGCGACCCGAGACACGAUCCGCCGGUCAGCAUGUCCGUGGCACACGCACUCGACGACGUCCGGUACAGUCCGACGGACUUUGAGAAGACGGUGGACGCUGAGAAGGAUGCUAUUACUUCGAAGGACGAAGAUCAAAUCAUCGAGGCCAUCGUCGACUUCGAUGAUCCCAACCUCGACCGCGAAGGUGCUGUUGCCGGUGUACUUGAGGACGACUCGCCAUAUCCCGAAGUACGAUCCGCUGUCGCUAACACAGACGACCCCGAAGUCCCCUGCUCGACGCUUCGCGCAUGGAUCAUGGGCAUAUUCUGGGCGAUCAUUAUUGCGGGGUUGAACCAGUUCUUCUUCUUCCGUUAUCCGUCUGUCAGCAUAUCCAACCUCGCUGCUCAGCUGCUUGCCUUCCCUUUGGGUCGAGCUUGGGUUGCCUUUGUCCCUAAUGUUCGCGUCUUUGGUAUGCCUCUGAACCCCGGGCCCUUCACGAUCAAAGAGCACGUCCUUGUCACGAUCAUGGCCACCGUCGGUGGACCUUCUGCCUACGCUACCGACAUUAUAGCGGUCCAACGUGUUUACUAUGGCCAAGUAUAUAAUUUCAUCUACCAGUGGAUGGUAGUUAUGUCCACCCAGCUCAUUGGUUUCUCUAUCGGCGGUAUUCUCCGACGCUUCCUCGUCACCCCUCCUUCCAUGAUCUGGCCCGCCAACCUCGUCACAUGCGCGCUCUUCAACACGCUCCACGCGCAGACGUACGCCGGCAUGGGCGACCGCGGCGGUAUAUCCCGCGAGCGCUUCUUCUUAUACGUCUGGGUCGCGGGCGUGUGCUGGUACUUCGUGCCGGGAUACCUCUUCCAGGCCGUGUCCUACUUCUCGUGGGUGUGCUGGAUCGCGCCGGACAAUAUCAAGGUGAACCAGAUGUUCGGGUACGAGAGCGGGCUCGGCAUGAGCCUCAUCACGUUCGACUGGGCGCAGAUCACUUAUAUUGGCAGCCCGCUGGCGACGCCAUGGUGGGCUGAGGCCAAUGUUGCCAUUGGUUUCGUGUUCUUCUUCUGGCUCGUGUGCCCACUCCUGUACUACACAAACACCUGGUACAGCCAGUUCAUGCCUAUGUCCUCACGCAUCUCAUACGACAACACGGGCCAGUCGUACAAUGUCACCAGAAUCACGAACGCGGACGCUUCACUCAACCUAACUGCAUACGAAGGGUACAGCCCGCUCUUCCUGUCGACGACGUUCGCGAUGUCGUAUGGCCUCUCGUUCGCGUCUAUUACCGCGACGAUCAUGCACGCGAUACUCUUCUUCCGGAAGCAGAUCUGGGUGCAGAGCCGACGGUCCAUCCACGAGCAGCCCGAUAUUCACGCGCGACUCAUGUCGCGGUACAAGCAGGUGCCCGAGUGGUGGUACAUGACGCUAUUUGUGAUCAUGUUCGUUGUUGGCAUUGUCGCUAUUGAGGUGUGGCACACGGAGUUCCCUGUCUGGGCUUAUGUCCUAUCUCUGUGCAUUGCGCUGUUCUAUAUCAUUCCCAUUGGAAUGAUUCAGGCCAUAACAAAUCAGCAAGUCGGGCUCAACGUUAUCACCGAGCUAGUUGUCGGAUACGCCCUCCCCGGUCGUCCCAUCGCUAUGAUGAUGUUCAAGACCUGGGGUUACAUCUCCAUGUACCAAGCGUUGAUGUUUGCGUCCGACUUUAAGCUCGGACACUACAUGAAGGUCCCGCCACGCAGCAUGUUUUGGUGCCAAAUCGCUGCUACCGUCGUCGCAGGCACCGUCCAGCUGGGCGUGCAAGCGUGGAUGUUUACCAACAUCCCCGACAUGUGCAGCCCGACCCAGAAGGAUGGUUUCAUCUGCCCGAGUACGGAGGUGUUUGGAACGGCGAGUAUCAUCUGGGGUGUCAUUGGUCCUCAACGCCAGUUCUCUGCUGGCCAGGUUUACCACGGCUUAACCUACUUCUUCCUUCUCGGCGCGCUGCUCCCUAUUGCCGCGUGGCUCAUUCAGCUCAAGUGGCCCAACAGUAUGGUUCGCUACAUCAACUUCCCUGUCAUCUUCACUGGCACGGGCGCUAUCCCGCCCGCUAGUGCUCUUAACUACGUUCCAUGGGCAAUCGUCGGCUUUAUUUCGCAGUACAUCAUCCGGCGGCGCCACUUCUCCUGGUGGGCCAAGUACAACUAUGUCCUAUCCGCCGCACUGGACUCAGGAGUCGCCAUUUCGAUCAUCAUCAUUUUCUUCUGCUUGCAGUACCCGCUCAACGGACAGAUCGGUAUUGACACGAUCCAGACAUGGUGGGGGAACACCGUCUUCCUGACCACUGCCGACGGUUUGGGGACUCCACUCCAGCAGGUUCCUUCGACUGGCACUUUUGGGCCAACGACGUGGUAAAUGAUACAUGAUUAGUACGUAUAAUGUAUGUAUGAUACUAGAGGACAUUUAUA